UCCUUUCACAAAUACGUUUCAAGAUGGCGGCCGCUCGUUCAUCAAGAAGAGUAGUAACUGACGAAACAGAAGACCAAGAUCUUAGUAAAAUCGAGUUUGAAACAUCAGAAGAUGUGAAAGUAAUACCUACUUUUGAUGCUUUGAAUCUCAGAGAAGAUUUACUGCGCGGUAUCUAUGCAUAUGGGUUUGAAAAGCCUUCAGCAAUACAACAGCGAGCUAUUCGACCUAUAAUGAAAGGACGUGACGUUAUUGCUCAAGCACAGUCAGGAACAGGCAAGACCGCAACUUUCUCCAUUUCUGUCCUUCAGUCCAUUGACACCCAGUUAAGAGAACCACAAUGUCUUAUAUUGUCACCAACACGGGAACUGGCUGUGCAGAUUCAAAAGGUUGUACUAGCCCUUGGUGACUACAUGAGUGUGCAGUGUCAUGCCUGUAUUGGAGGAACAAACAUUGGUGAAGACAUCAGAAAACUGGAUUAUGGACAGCAUGUUGUUUCUGGAACUCCUGGCAGAGUUUUUGACAUGAUCAGAAGAAGACAUCUGAGGACAAGAUCCAUCAAAAUGUUGGUGUUGGAUGAGUCAGAUGAGAUGCUUAACAAAGGAUUUAAAGAACAGAUUUAUGAUGUUUACAGAUAUCUUCCUCCAGCCACACAGGUGGUUUUAGUCAGUGCUACACUUCCCCAUGAGAUACUUGAGAUGACUUCAAAGUUUAUGACAGAUCCCAUCAGAAUUCUCGUAAAACGUGAUGAAUUGACGUUGGAAGGAAUCAAGCAGUUCUUUGUAGCAGUUGAAAAAGAGGAGUGGAAGUUUGAUACCUUGUGUGAUCUAUACGACACACUUACUAUUACACAGGCUGUUAUCUUCUGUAACACAAAAAGAAAGGUUGACUGGCUGACAGAGAAAAUGAGAGAAGCUAAUUUCACAGUGACAUCUAUGCAUGGAGACAUGCCGCAGAAAGAAAGAGAAGCUAUCAUGAAGGACUUUAGAGCUGGACAAAGUCGUGUGUUGAUAUCAACCGAUGUGUGGUCCAGAGGACUUGAUGUACAGCAAGUCUCUCUUGUCAUUAAUUAUGAUUUGCCAAACAAUCGUGAGCUUUACAUUCACCGCAUCGGAAGAUCAGGUCGCUUUGGGCGAAAGGGUGUGGCAAUCAACUUUGUAAAGUCAGAUGAUAUCAGGAUCUUGCGAGACAUUGAGCAGUAUUAUGCUACCCAGAUUGAUGAAAUGCCAAUGAAUGUUGCUGACUUGAUCUAAACAUCUGUCAGUCUAUACAGCUACCUCAAGACAACAAGUAUUAUUAUAAUAGUCUUACCUUUAGUAUGACCUGGGUGUUCAAUAACAACCACCCACAUCCUCUAGUCUAGAUAUUGUACAGCUUUGUCAAAAACUUUUUUUCCUACAUUUUAAUUUAUUUUAUGACUUUUUGCUCUAAUUUUUUCCACUUCUUAAUGGAAUAUUAUGUCAUAAAAUACUCCAUGGACAGCCCAUAGCUUGAUUUAUCCUGGCUUUCUUGUUUUAAUUCAUUUAUUCUGUAAAGUAAUGCAGUGAAUGUCAUGUUUGAAGAAAUAUAAAAUGUAAGAUUAAGACAGUGUUGUUUACUUUUAUCAAGGUGCAAUGCAAUCAAGAUAUUUUUUAUUCAAAUGCAAUUAGAAAAAGGAAUUGCACAAAGUUCUUCUGAAAUACCAUCAUAGCAAACUAGACACAUUACAACACUUGGAAGUACAGUGGAUAUUAUUUUAUAUUUACAAUAUUAAGGAGUAACUAUAUACAAUAAAACCAGUUCAAUGUCA